GAUGUCAAUAAAAUGGCUGCUUCUCAUUUGUUCACAGAGAUGCUGCAGUUUGUCAGCAAUCAAGUGGGAGAGUUUUCUGACUUGUUCUCGGAGCAGCUGUGUGGCUCCUUCCCCAGUGGCGGUGGAAGUGGAAGUGGCGGCGGAAGUGGCGGCGGCAGCAGCAGUAAUGGCGGGGGCAGCGGUGGUGGAGCCGGUGGUGGUGGAGCCGGGGAGCCCUCGAUGCAGCGCUCCUUCAGCCAGGUCCCAUUACCUUCCUUCUCUCCCUCAGCCACCUCCCCCCAGGCUGCAGCCCUGCAGGUCAAGGUUUCCCCCACCUCGGUUCCUAACCCGCCAAGGGCAACUCCCGUUCUUCAGCCCCGCCCCCAGCCCCAGCCUCAAGCUCAGCUGCAGCAGCAGACGGUAAUGAUCACCCCAACAUUCAGCACUGCUCCCCAGACGAGGAUCAUCCAGCAGCCUCUGAUAUACCAGAAUGCGGCUACCAGCUUCCAAGUCCUUCAGCCUCAAGUCCAAAGCCUAGUGACAUCCUCCCAGGUGCAGCCGGUCACCAUCCAGCAGCAGGUGCAGACAGUGCAGGCCCAGCGGGUGCUGACGCAGACGGCCAAUGGCACGCUGCAGACCCUCGCCCCAGCCACGGUGCAGACAGUGGCUGCGCCCCAGGUGCAGCAGGUCCCGGUCCUGGUACAGCCCCAGAUCAUCAAAACAGAUUCCCUUGUUCUGACCACACUGAAGACAGAUGGCAGCCCUGUCAUGGCCACAGUCCAGAACCCAGCCCUCACCGCCCUCACCACCCCCAUUCAGACAGCCGCCCUGCAAGUACCAACCCUGGUGGGCAGCAGUGGGACCAUUCUGACCACAAUGCCUGUGAUGAUGGGGCAAGAGAAAGUGCCCAUUAAGCAGGUACCCGGGGGAGUCAAGCAGCUUGAACCCCCCAAAGAAGGAGAAAGACGGACGACACACAACAUCAUUGAGAAGCGGUAUCGCUCCUCCAUCAAUGACAAAAUCAUCGAGUUGAAGGACUUGGUCAUGGGGACAGAUGCCAAGAUGCACAAGUCUGGCGUUUUGAGGAAGGCCAUCGACUACAUCAAAUACUUGCAGCAGGUCAAUCACAAACUGCGCCAGGAGAACAUGGUGCUGAAGCUGGCGAGUCAGAAGAACAAGCUCCUGAAGGGCAUUGACCUAGGCAGCCUCGUGGACAGUGAUGUGGACCUGAAGAUGGAUGACUUCAAUCAGAAUGUGCUCCUGAUGUCCCCUCCGGCCUCUGACUCGGGGUCCCAGGCCGGCUUCUCCCCCUACUCCAUCGACUCUGAGCCCGGAAGCCCUCUGUUAGAUGAGGCAAAGGUCAAAGAUGAGCCGGACUCUCCUCCCAUGGCGCUGGGCAUGGUGGACCGCUCUCGAAUCCUGCUGUGUUUCCUCACCUUCCUGUGCCUGUCCUUUAACCCCCUGACUACCCUGCUGCGGUGGGGAGGGGCCCACGACUCUGACCUGCACCCAUCCUCAGGCUCUGGCCGCAGCGUACUGUCACUGGAGUCAGGUUCUGGGGGCUGGUUCGACUGGAUGAUGCCAACGCUCCUCUUGUGGCUGGUCAAUGGAGUGAUUGUCCUGAGCGUCUUUGUGAAGCUGCUGGUCCAUGGGGAGCCAGUGAUCCGGCCACAUUCUCGCUCCUCCGUCACCUUCUGGAGGCACCGGAAGCAGGCAGACCUGGACCUGGCCAGGGGGGAUUUUGCGGCGGCUGCUGCCAACCUACAAACCUGCCUGUCGGUGUUGGGCCGGGCGCUGCCCACCUCCCGCCUGGACCUGGCCUGCAGCCUCUCCUGGAACGUUAUCCGCUACAGCCUGCAGAAGCUGCGCCUGGUGCGCUGGCUGCUCAAGAAGGUCUUUCAGUGCCGGCGCGCCACCCCGGCCGCCGCAGCGGGCCUGGUGGACGAGGCCAAGGCCAGUGCCCGGGACGCCGCCCUGGCCUACCACAGGCUGCACCAGCUGCACAUCACAGGGAAGCUCCCUGCGGGAUCUGCCUGUUCAGACGUCCACAUGGCUUUGUGCGCUGUGAACCUGGCGGAAUGUGCAGAGGAGAAAAUCCCACCAAGCACACUGGUGGAGAUCCACCUGACUGCGGCCAUGGGGCUCAAGACCCGGUGUGGAGGCAAGCUGGGCUUCCUGGCGAGCUACUUCCUCAGUCGAGCCCAGAGUCUGUGUGGCCCCGAGCGCAAUGCUGUCCCUGACUCGCUGCGCUGGCUCUGCCACCCCCUUGGCCAGAAGUUUUUCAUGGAGCGGAGCUGGUCAGUGAAGUCAGCUGCCAAGGAGAGUCUGUACUGUGCCCAGAGGAACCCAGCCGACCCCGUUGCCCAGGUCCACCAGGCCUUCUGCAAGAACCUGCUGGAGCGAGCGGUGGAGUCCUUGGUGAAGCCUCAGGCCAAGACGAAGGCCGGAGACCAGGAAGAAGAGAGCUGUGAGUUCUCCAGUGCCCUCGAGUACCUGAAAUUGCUUAAUUCCUUUGUGGACUCUGUGGGGAUCGUGACCCCGCCCUUCUCCUGCAGCUCCGUGCUCAAGUCCGCCCUUGGUCCAGACGUCGUCUGUCGUUGGUGGACUUCUGCCAUCACUAUGGCCAUCGGCUGGCUCCAGGGAGACGACACGGCUGUCCGUGCUCAUUUUACCGAAGUAGAGCGUGUCCCCAAGGCCCUGGAAGUGACCGAGAGCCCCCUGGUGAAGGCCGUCCUCCACACCUGCAGAGCCAUGCACGCCUCGCUCCCUGGGAAGGCAGACGUGCAGCAGAGUGCCCUCUGCCACUGUGAGAGGGCCAGCGGUCACCUGUGGAGCAGCCUCACUGUCAGUGGGGCCACCUGCGACCCCACCCUCAAUCACGUGGUCCAGCUGCUGAUCUCUGACCUGCUCCUGUCGCUGCGGACAGCACUCUGGCAGAAGCAGGCAGGAGCCAGCCAGGCCCUGGGUGAGACCUACCACGCGUCUGGUGCUGAGCUGGCUGGCUUCCAGCGGGACCUGGGCAGCCUGCGCAGGCUGGCACACAGUUUCUGCCCAGCCUACCGCAAGGUGUUCCUGCAUGAGGCCACCGUGCGUCUGAUGGCAGGAGCCAGCCCCACCCGCACCCACCAGCUGCUGGAGCACAGCCUGCGGCGACGCACUGCACAGGGCACGAAGCACGGAGAGGUGGACGCCUGGCCCGGCCAGCGAGAGCGAGCCACUGCCAUCCUGCUGGCCUGCCGCCACCUUCCCCUCUCCUUCCUCUCCUCCCCGGGCCAGCGGGCAGUGUUGCUGGCUGAGGCCGCCCGCACCCUGGAGAAGGUGGGUGACCGGCGCUCCUCCAACGACUGCCAGCAGAUGAUUGUCAAGCUGGGGGGUGGCACCGCCAUCGCCGCCUCCUGACCUCUGGGCCCUGCCCACCUUGGCCCACUGCCUCUGUCUCUCAGUCUCCCUCUCUCUCCUCUAUCUCUCAGUCUCUCCUUCCUCUCUCUAUCUCUCAGUCUCUCCUUCCUCUCUCUCUCUCUCAGUCUCUCUCUCCUCUCUCAAUCUCUCCCUCCUCUCUCUCUUUCUCUCUCUCUCUCUCCCUCUCCCUCCUCUAUCUCAGUCUCUCUCUCCCUCCUCCCUUUGGGGGCUGGGGGAUGAGCCUUGUCUUCUGAGGUGUCACCUGCCAAGGCUGUGGGACCACCUCAGGCCAGUGGACCCCUAAGCAAAGCCCCGUAUAGCUGAUGUGGGUAGAUGCUGAUGGUCCAGGGCCCAGUGGCCCUGAGUGGAAGGACGGCAGGAAGUGGGGGGACCCUGACUUGAAAGCAGCAGGAGGAGCUCCAGGCAGCCCAGCCGGUCUGCAGCCCUCCCAGGAUUCUUUCUCCGUCUCUCCCCCUCCCUGCUUCCUUGUUUUUAUCAGGCUUUCCCUCUGGGGGACACGGGUGUCUGGGCACCAGAGCACUUCACCCUUGGCACGGUGCCCAGCACGCUCUCUCCCCUUUUUUAUACGAAUGUUUUUAUAUCAGUGUGCUUGGGUUUGCCGUGAUUCAGGACUAAGUUGCUGUGGCAUCUUUAUUUCUCUCCCCGGGUCUGCGUUCCCUCCCCUGUGCCUGACAAAGCCAGUUCAUUGUUUUCUCUUUAUUACACAGGACAGCCAGGGAGGAGGGGAGCCCAGCCCUGGGGAGGCGGUAGGGAGGCAGGGGGCAAGCCUGGGGAUGGAUGAAAUAAUGUCGGCAUUAUUUUUUAAUUUUUUAAAAAAUAAAUGGUAUCUUAUUUAAUUGUCCUGUUCCUUCCCAUUCCCCCACCCCCUGGGAUUUCGGCCCAAGCUCAGGGUAGGCCCAGGGACUGGGAGAGAUGAAGCCACCACUGGGACUGGGGACAGGUCUUCAGCGUGGGUUCUCAGCUCCCUCCCACCCAACUCCUACUUCCAUGGUCUGUUUUUAUCCCUAAUUCCUCACCUGAAAAUAAGCCAGGGUAGUAGGGACCAGCCCUCAAUGACAAGCCCCUUUUGGGAUGGGCACCAGGAAUGAGGCCCCUGCCUUGAUGGGGGUCCUGGGAGGAAAAGUGGUCCCACUUUUCUGGAUCCCUGGCUUGGUGCCUCCUCUGAGGUGGUUUCUCCAGGGCCUGAGGACUGCUUGGCACCCCAGAGCCUGCUGGGACGCUGAGAGGAGCUGUCCUGCCUCCCUCCCCGGCUUCCCAUCCCCUCAGGUUGGUUGGGGCAGAGAGGGGGCAGGGGCCCGGCACAGGUUGGCGCAUGCACACAGCGGGGGCCACCCUGACAUAAGUACGGGUCAGCCUGGACCUUGCCCACUUCCUUUCUCUUCCCCCCCUCCCCUCCCACUGUCAUGUAUGGCCCUUGUGUCACGUGUAUAUACUGUGCCUUUUCUCAUUGUUUAGGGGUGGGAGGGCGUGGUUUUUCACUGAAAGGGGGAUACACCGAUGGCAGCCUUGAUGUGGAAUCAUUCACCAUGUCCUGGAUGCAGGUUAUUCAAUAAACACCGAUUGGUACCACCCAG